UUGAUCGCUUUAUUUAAAUUAUAAUUUCUCUCUCUCUCUCUCUCUCUCUCUCAAGCCAUAAAGCAAAUGUGACCAGAGGAACAUACACAGAACUUCCACACACAAAAAGAUCUCUCAAGAACCAAAAUUCCCUUUCUCUUCACCCAAAAACAAAAUUAAAAAAAAAAACACACACCAGAUACAAAUCCAAAAAGAAGCAGAGAAAGAAAGGAUCAGUUUGAGUUUCUUCUGAUCUGGGAAAGUUUCAUAUCUCCAUGGAUACUGCUCAAUGGCCACAGAAGAUUGUGGUCAAACCCUUGGAGGAGAUAAUAACAAACACAUGCCCCAAGCCGCCGCGUUUGCAGCCUCCGCCGCCGCAGCAGACGACGACUGCACAUGGGGCGGUGGCUGCAACUGAAGCCGAAGCUGCUGGAGGAGGAGAGAGAAAAGCGAGACCACAAAAGGAUCAAGCUUUGAACUGCCCAAGAUGCAACUCUACAAACACAAAAUUUUGCUAUUACAACAAUUACAGUCUUACACAGCCAAGGUACUUCUGCAAGACUUGUCGAAGGUAUUGGACUGAAGGUGGAUCUCUCAGGAACAUCCCUGUCGGCGGUGGCUCAAGGAAGAACAAGAGAUCCAAUUAUUCCAAUGGCCAUAAUCAUAACAUUAAUAAUCCCUCAAAUUCUGCGCCAUUGCCAGCUCCAAAGAAGCAUCUCUCUGAGCACCACCUGAUGAGUAUGACCCAACAAGGUUUGACCGGUCAAAACCCUAAAUUCCAUGAGACCCAAGAUCUCAAUCUGCGUUUCCCACAUGGGUUCAGAAGCAAUUUAACUGAACUCAUCCAGUACGGUGGGAAUAACAACAGCAACCAAGUACUUUUACCCUCAUGUUCUGCCACUUCAGCAGCUAUGACGACAUCGUCUUUGGAUCUCCUGAGCAGCAACAGCGGGAGUUCAAACUCAUUCAUGGCUUUGCCAUCUGUCCAUCAUCAUCAAGACCCAUCUGGGUUUUCCAUGCAAGAUCACUACAAGCCAUGCACAUCAACAUCACUUCUAGGGUUUUCACUUGAUCGUGGGUUCCACCACGGCGCUCAGCAAGAAGACGGUUCUGGGAUUGGUGAGAGGCUCCUGUUCCCAUUUGAGGAUUUGAAAUUGCCAGUCCCUCUAUCAUCAGCAUCAACAACGUCUAAUCAUAAUAUAAUCAGUGAGAUUAAUGAUCAAAAGCAAGGUGGUGAUGCUACUGCUUCUGCAGGGUAUUGGACUGGGAUGCUGAGUGGAGGAUCAUGGUGAAACAACUCUAAGUCUUGAAGAUAUACUAGAGUGAUUAAUUAUGGUAUUUAAUUAAUUAAUCUCCUUCCCCUUUGGUUUUUCUUGGUGUGUCUCUCCUUUUUUUGGGGGUUAAUCUUUGGGGUUAAUUUGAUUUUAAAAAUGUGGGGUGCAUGCAUGAAUCAAUGACUUGUCUUUAUUUCUUUUCCUACUAACACAACUUUUAAAGGAUAAAUUGGUUGGUUGUUCAUGUUCCCUUCUGUUCUCUAUAUGGCCAUUAUCUAUGUAUUUUUCAUUU